CAUCUCUGUACAAUGGCUGGACCCAACGUUAGCUUCGCAGCCCCGACGCCGGCCGUCAAUGGCGAUAGCAAUGGACACAUCCAAGUCACCUCUGACAGAAUCAUUGUCGGAGUCGACUUUGGCACUACAUAUUCUGGUGCGAACCCCGACGACAUUGAGAUCAUCAAGACACAAGAAGGAGCAAGAACUGACCGCAACAAAGANUGGCCAGGAGGCAACGGCAUAACCUCCGACAAAGUCCCCACCGAAAUCGCCUACGAGACCACCUCCCUCCCCUCCGUUCCGAAUACCACAAUCACCCCCGAACAAGGCGGUGGCGCAAAAUCUACUGUCCAGCGCAUAAAGUGGGGCUUCCAAUUCAGACCUGAAGAACCGCGGUUACGCUGCAUAAAGCUGUUCCUGGACAGAAACCAAAAGUUGCCGCAUUUUGUGAGUCCGUUGGAUACGGCUGCACAUUUGAGGCAAUGCGAUCGCACGGUCAUGGAUGCUGUGAGCGAUUACUUGGGCCAAAUGUAUACGCAUACCAUGGAGACGCUGAACAGAAGAUAUGGAGAGAGCUUCAUGGCAAUGACAAAGGUGGAGUUUGUGCUUACCGUGCCCGCUGUGUGGAGCGAUUCUGCNAAGAAUGCGACGCUGCAGGCAGCGGAAAAGGCAGGCAUGGGCAAGAAGCAUGAAUUGAGGUUGAUCAGUGAGCCCGAAGCUGCUAUGCUGCAUGCACUCAAGACGGUGCAGCCGCAUAAUCUCAAGGUCGGGGACAACUUUGUCAUCUGCGAUGCUGGAGGUGGCACUGUAGACCUGAUUGCNAUAGUUCGUGCCUACCUGAGAAGGACGUUGAUAAUCAAGCUAACUUUUACAUCUAGCAAAAUCACCCAACUCUCUCCCCUCAGAGUCGAAGAGAGCGCCGUAGGCACAGGCGGCCUCUGCGGCUCGGCAUUCCUCAACUAUCGCUUUGAAGAACACGUCAAGCAACGACUAGGCGAAGACACUUACAGCCACAUGCGCAACAAGAAGCCAAAAACCUGGAUGAUGGGCCUCAAGUACUUUGAAGAAUUUGUCAAGCGCAACUAUAACGAAGACGAAGCCACAGAAGUCAACGUACCUUUCCCCGGCCUUCCUGAUAAUGAGGAAGCAGGUAUAGACUCAGGAUUCAUGGUCAUGAGUUCAUUGCAAGUAAAAGAGAUUUUCGACCCAGUUAUUGAUGAAGUGUUGAAGUUGUUGGAUGGGCAGGUCAACACAAUCCGUGAAAAAGGCGAUAUUGUGUCUGGAAUUAUAUUGGUCGGUGGUUUCGGCCAAAGUAAUCACUUGUACAAUCGGUUGAAAGUGUACUUCAACACUGCUUCGCCGCCUGCAUACUCGGAAAAAGACGAAGUACAGCGACCACAGGACUAUCCUCCCGUCGAAGUCAUUCAACCGCUAUAUGCAUGGACUGCAGUGGUCAGAGGUGCAGUAAUCAGGGGNAAUACCGCCAUAUCCCCCGACACACCCAUAUCCUUCCACUAUACCCGCAACUUCCUCCCCUCACAAUCCCUGAUAGUCACCGACGAACUAAUAGCCUGUGGCGCCGACUCUGCACCCCCUUCGCGCACAAAAACUUUAUCUACUGUAUGCACAUUACGCACCGAUCUCGGGGCCGUACCUCAAGAAUUGUUUACCAGACUCAAAACCAGCAAAGGAGCAGAGUUUUUGAACUUGGACUUUGAGUUGGUCAUGAGGAUACAGUCUGCCGAUCUGGUGUUUGAGUUGAGGGUGGGUGGGGUUGGGUAUGGUGUCGUGCAGGCAGAGUUUCAUUAG